CAAAUGCUCUAAGCAAAAAUACCGCAAAAAUACCACGAAAAUACUGCAAAAAUACCACAAAAAAUACCAAACAACCCCUAUAGAGCCUGCUCUAUAGAAACGCAACCCAACUGUGAUAGCUACUCCAAGUACUUACAACAAAUCCAGCACAAAAAUAUGUCGGCGGCAAACAAAGUGAAUUAUCUGGUUGGCUCGACGUCGCGCUUCAUAGUCGGACGCAAUGCCGUACAGACGGUCUAUUGGAGGACCUCCGCCGGACCCGAUUCCCGCAUGCUGAAGACCAAAAAGACCUGUGAAUUUGAUCGCAGCCAAAAGGCGCCGCAAAGCGUGCGAAUGCAGAGAUCGAAUCGCAGCUUCAUCAGCAAAGAGUAGCUAAACAGCUGCCACGCCCCCUUUAAUAAUGUAGUUCCUAUAUUCACGCAUUAUACAUAUAUAUAUAUAAAUUUUUUUUUACUAGUUGUAUUUAUUGUUAGCACCAAAGUUGAGCUGCCGUGAGGCGAUGCCCUCACAUUAAAAACCCAAAAACAAAACAAAAACCAAAACAAAAAUAAAAUGAAAAGAAAAAAAUA